AUGGACUCCAAGCACGGCCACGAGUCACUUCCUAUAACUACCUUCCAGCGUGCUCGGCAGCGGACGUGGUGGACUCGUGUUCCUACAGGCCUGUUAUGUCUAUCAGCCGCAGCUUAUUCUGCGCAUACCCUCUAUUCGACGCAGAAAGCAUCUGUGGUUACCGUGCACGCGCUCUCUGAGUCAUUGAUAGGCCCUGCUUUCGAUUGGAACAGCAUUAAGCCCUCAACAGAGAUUGAGUGGACGCCGUGCUUCGCCGAAUACCAGUGUGCCCGGCUGAUCCUGCCUCUGGACUAUCUCUCCCCACCCGGCGUCGGGCCAAAUGUGACCAUCGCACUACAGAUGUUUCCUGCCACCGACAAGGAGAGCUACAAAGGGACGAUUUUAAUCAACCCCGGUGGCCCUGGUGUAUCAGGCACGAACUUCGUGAUGCGUCAAGGACGGAACAUCUCGUACAUCUCGGGCGGGUCUUUUGACGUGCUGGGAUUCGAUCCUCGCGGCACAGGCGCCAGCACGCCGCUUGCGUCGUGCUUCAACUCGGAGUCGGCAAAAGGGAUAUGGAACCUUCAGGCAGGAGAUAGACUCCUCAACCUGAGCGACGGAUCGGUAGGAUUGACGGUGGCACGGGAAAGAGCUGUUGGGGCUCUAUGCAAGAAGGCUUUGGGCGGAAACGGGAGGGAAGAUCCGGACGGCACUGCGGAGGAGUGGGGAACAGGGAGGUUCAUGAGCACACCAAGUGUUGCAACGGACAUGCUGCGGAUCACAGAGAAGCUGGGCCAAGAGAAGCUCAAAUACUGGGGAUUUAGCUACGGCUCGGUGCUUGGGCAAUAUUUCGCGGCCAUGUACCCUGAUAAGGUCGAUAGACUUAUCAUCGACGGCGUCCUCGAUGGCUACGACUACCGCAGCCUAUCAUGGAACACCAACCUCGUCGACACCGAUGCCGUCUGGGAGUCUUUCUUCACGUUUUGCAGCCGCGCCGGUGCAGAAAAGUGUCCACUUUAUAUGCCCUCAGCCGCCGAAGUCAAGGCUAGGGUGACCGCAAUCAUGGAUGGCCUCGAGGAGGAGCCGCUUGCCGUGCCCUUCGCGGAGGGUGGCCCGCUAGUCGUUACGCGCAAAGCCAUCUAUAGCGUUGCAUUCCAAGCCGCCCAUAAGCCCGUAGCCCAGUAUGCUGCCCUUGCUGACAUGUUGCUUGCGAUUGAGCAGGUCGACCAAAGCGCGCUAGCGACUAUGUCCUCCAAAUUCGGCGGGGGCUUUGAAUGCAACUGUGAGAGGGAACCGCCGGAGCUCACUGGGUCGGAGGCGUUCAGAGCAAUUGCAUGUGGCGAUGGUGAGCCUGUUAUGUAUACACCAAAAGACUACGAAGAGUGGUUUACAGAAUUAUCUGCGUCAUCGUCGCUGGCGGCGCCCAUAUGGGGCGUUGAGUACCUGCGAUGUACUGGUUGGCAAAUUCGGCCGAAGUGGCGGUACAUGGGCCCGCUGGCGGCCGAGAAGACCUCCCAUCCGAUACUCAUUAUCUCACCGACGCACGACACUGUCUGUCCUCUAUCCCACGCACGCCAGGUGCAUACACGAUAUGGCGGCUCGGGAUUGUUGGUGCAGAGAUCCUUUGGGCACUGUUCUUCGUCGGCUCCUUCGCUGUGCACGGCCAAGUAUGUACGCGAAUACUUCAUAAACGGGACGUUACCGGAAGAGGGAACGAUUUGUGAUGUCGAUGAACUGCCUUUCCUAGGGCUUGUCGGUGGGGAUGUGGAAAGGAUGGCUACCAUGCCUGCGGAGGAUGAGCGGCUGCUCAACGCUCUUCGUGGACUAGCUGACGGUGCACCGACACUGGGGUACUUUUAG